AUGCUUUCCCCGCCGCCUAAAUCCGUGGCCAACUCGAAAGAGCACGUAGAGAAUGUCUCUCUCGACCCCACAGACAAGACGAGAGAGGAUAAUCCAGAUGUCGCGGCCCAGAUAUUAAUGGAACAGGAGGACGUUGAAUACACAGCAGAGGAACAUCGAAAACUCGUGCGAAAAAUCGAUUGGCGAAUUGUUCCCCUCGCGGCUUGGGCUUGCGGUCUACAAUUCGUGGACAAAUCUGGUCUCGGUGCUGCCGCGACAUAUGGUCUUCGCGAUGACCUUCACCUAGCUGGACAGGAGUACUCUUGGUGUGUUUCUGUAUUCUAUUUCGGUUAUUUGACAGGGUCGUUCCUGUCGGGCCGCGGCCUGCAAUAUUUCCAUACUGGAAAGUUUAUGGGUGUUGCCCUAUUCAUAUGGGGCGGUGCCUUACUCGGAUGUAUUGGGGCCACAGGAUUUGCUUCGUUGAUGGCUUUGCGCUUCCUCCUCGGGCUUUUCGAAUCAUGCCUUGUUCCUGGACUGUUGCUUGUGACAACCAUGUGGUAUACACAAGAAGAACAGCCUCUCCGGUUCGGGUUGUGGACAGUUACGAACGGUGCCCUUCCAGUACCCUUUCUAGUGAUUUAUUAUGGGCUUGGCCAUGUCACGACUGGUCCCAUAACAUCCUGGCGACUCAUCUUCCUCACCAUUGGACUGCUGAGCAGUCUGACAGGCGUGCUUAUGUUCUUAUUUAUGCCUGACUCGCCCCAAUCUGCAAAAUGGCUCAAUGACCGGGAAAGGGCAAUUGCUGUCAAGCGCGUUGCACAGGCGCAACUUGGCGUUAAAAACAGCGAGUUCAAAUGGGAUCAGGUGGCGGAAACGUUGGGGGAUCCUCAUGCGUGGUUAUUGAUUUUACAGAUGUUCUUCUCCCAGACCGCUGGCUCUGUUACGACGAACUUCCUCGGCAUUGUGAUUAAGGGCUUCGGAUACACUGCCUUGAAAGCACAAUUAUACACGGCUCCAAAUUACGCAGUUCAGGCCGUCAUGCAACUCCUGGUUUCCGGUGCCCCGACACUCAUCCCUUACUUUCGCAACAAGAAACAGCCCUUGGCAGUUAUCGCCAGCAUCAUAGGUAUUGUCGGCGUCGUUAUUUUACUCGUGACUUCCGACGAAAAGCAAUACCAAAACCGUCGUCUCGCGGGUUGCAUAAUAAUUUCAUUCUCCGGUGUCAACUACACGGUGGUGAUGUCUGUAAUCGGAGCCAACUUGGCCGGAUUCACGCGAAAGCAGGUUGUCUCAUCUGCUGCCUUCUCCCUCUAUUGCAUUGCGAAUAUUGUCACACCUCAGACGUUCUUGGGGGAAGAAAGUCCACGAUAUCAAACAGGACUGGCGUUUGUGCUAGCAUGCCUUUCGAUAUACGUUAUUCUUUCCUUGACUACAUGGGUAGUCAUGCGAUUGGAGAAUAACCGCCGAGAUGCGCGCGCUCAAGAAAAUCCCGACUAUGUCAGCAAUGCACAGGGUCCGAGUAUGAUCUCAGGACUCGCAGACCAGACGGACAUUCAGAAUAAACGCUUCCGGUAUUCUGGUUGA